CAACAAAAGCCAUGUUGGUGUUCCAGACAAAAGAGAGUAAUUAAAAUUCUUUUGAAUUUGGAACACCAACAUGGUGGCUGUGACAUAAUUGUGCAAACGCUCUAUUGUCCAGUCGUGGUGAUACACCUUUGUAGGCAUGUCGAAAGUAAAUAAAAGCCUGUGACUGUUGGUAGCCAGUUGUUAGUGCCAGGGUGGCCUCACAGUCCCACCUCUACAAAGCAACCAAGUGCACACGUUUGCGUGUAGUCUACGAAGAAAUUGCAUGGAUGAAAUGGCCAACGAGGAGCGUGAAGACAAAUUCGAGAUUCGCAUACUCACUAAAACAUCUACAGGUCUAAAGAAGUAUUUCUUAGAUGCAUUAGAGAAAGAAAAGUUUCUUCCAGCGUUAGAUGACAUCGAAUGCUACCUUGCUUGCGACCCAACUUCACUUCUUGUUGGCGAGUUGAACGGAAAACCUAUAGCAAUUGCUGCUGCGUUUAAAUACGAAGAGCAGUACUCUCAUUUCGGGUGUUAUGUGGUUGAUGAAGCUUAUAGAGGACAAGGCUAUGGUUUGAAAAUUACAACAGAAGCAAGACGACGAUCUGAGCCCGACGGCGUAGAAACUGGUUAUACUGUGCCUGAGAUGCUUGAAAAUUACAAAAAGAUGUGCAUGGCUGUUCCGCAUUGGCCAGUAGAGCAACAUAUGGUGGAUGUCCCAAACGCUUUAACCCUCUUAAACGAUGGUACAAGUACCAAUGGAGGUGCUAGUCUAGUUGUUGAUAUCAAACAAGUCGGCGAAAUUGAUGUGAAAUCUGUAUGUAACUAUGAUACUAAAAUAUUUGGUUAUAAGAGAGAGAAAUUUCUAGAGCGAUUACUUCAAGUCAGUCACGCUCGUGUGGCGGUAAGCCAACAAAAUGAAAUUGUUGGUUAUGCGGCUGCUAGGGUGCUGUACAAACCAGAUAGCGGGUAUAAAGUUGGUCCUGUGUUCGGUGAAUCUUUCGAAAUUGCCAAGUCUCUUCUCAAGGAAAUAUUUCAAGAAAUCAUGGAGUGUGGACGAUCUUCCAAAAAAACUGUUGUGAUAAAUUUUCCUGUAGUAGUGAACCCAGACGCGAACAAACUUGCAAAACUUUUGUGUGGUAAAAUUUUAAUGAAAUGUAUGUUUGUAUCUUGUAAUGGUUUACCUAAGUCUGACUUCACAAAAUGGUUUGCAAUAACUACACUUGACGCAGGAUAAAACUGAUUUCCACCUUUAGACUUUAGUGGAAAGGUACUGUGAUUGGAUGGACAUGGUAUUUUAUGUAAAUCGUAAUUAUAAUGCUGCAGUAGUGUAAUGUAGAGACUAGUGAGUAGUGGUGUGUAAAUUUGAAACUGCUUUAAUAAUAUAAAGUUUGUUCGUUCACUGCAACCACGGUUCUAUUAACCGUGCUGCAACCAGGUAUAUCAAUCAUGUUUCGCUCGCUACUCCGGUUUAAAUAAAUGAUUACAAAGCCCAGUCGAAUUGUAAUCAAGACCCAACGUUUCGACACUCCAGUCUAGUGUCUUCAUCAGGGGUGAUCUAAAACUGCGAUCGUGGCUUCUUAAAUGAGGGAUGACGUCACCUGGCAUGACUGCUUUAAUAAUGUUAUCAAUGUUUAGAAUAAAUUCAAUUUCGCAAUGCU